UCGCGACAUUCUGCACUUCUUCAGUUCGCUUGUUCACUCACUACUUCAUAGUCGGCUUGAGCACGUUUAAACUUUCUGUGCUGCCUCAGGCCUUGAAUUUCUGUUAAUGUAUCAGAAGUGAUUCCAGCGUAUGAAUUAAGCCUGAGAUGAUUUUUUGAAGCAGGACAGAUUGUGACAUUUUCUGGACUUUUAAAGUUUCGUCAGUUGAAUUGUAACGUUAAGGGCAUUUUCAGUCUUUGUUUGACAACAGACGACGAAGAUGAGGGCAAAUAAGGAGAAGGAAACAUGUGGGACCAUCUGCCUAAAAUACAUGCUCUUCACUUUCAAUUUUCUGUUUUGGUUGGCAGGGGGUGCGGUGAUGGCUGUGGGCAUCUGGACAUUAGUUGAGAAGAGUGACUAUAUCAGCCUGCUGUCUUCCAAGAUCUACGCCGUCUCUGCGUACAUACUGAUUGUGGCGGGGGUGAUCGUCAUGGUAACGGGGGUUUUGGGCUGCUGUGCCACCUUCAAAGAACAAAGACGCCUUCUGAGAGUGUAUUUUGUUCUGCUGCUGUGUGUUUUCCUGCUGGAGAUCUUGGCUGGAGUUUUGGCCUACAUUUAUUACCAGCAGCUAAAUGAGGAACUGAAGGAGAACCUGAGAGAAACCAUGGUACAGAAAUACCGUCAGCCCGAGCAGGAUCACGUGACGAAGGCUGUGGAUAAACUACAGCAGGAGUUUAAGUGCUGUGGUAGCAACAGCUCAUCCGAUUGGGUGGAAAGUGUUUGGAUUCGCUCUGAAGCGAGUAAGAGGCGUUUUGUCCCUGACAGCUGCUGUAAGAGCCCCUCUGAACUCUGCGGUCAGCGAAACCAUCCUUCAAACAUAUAUAAAGUAGAGGGCGGCUGCAUCACGAAGCUGGAGAAUUUCAUUCUGAACCACUUACAGAUCAUCGGCGCUGUGGGAGUGGGCAUAGCCUGUGUGCAGAUUGUGGGCAUGUUUUUCACCUGCUGUCUAUACAGAAGUCUGAAAGCAGAGCCGUACUGAAGAGACGCAUAUAUGCUGUUAAACGGAAACAAUCGAGCAUUUCAUGAACCUUCCAUUCUGCAGAUCAGAAUGAACACGUUUAUACUACUACAACUGGCAUGAUUCAGGAAUAAUAUGUGUUUGCCAUACAUUUCAAGUACUACUGAGCUGAAAUUAAUAUUCAGAUCCUUUUUCCUCAUUGUUCUUAAAUAUUCAAGAGAUUUUAGUAUCUUAAGCACGUUUGGUUUGUAUUUUAUACAUGGAACAACUAAUAUCUGUCAUUUUCAUCUAUGUGUGCUUUUUUAUGGAGAUCACAGCUGUUAUUUUAAAUAUUUAAUGUAGAACAACAUUUAAGUUUUUAAUUAAACUUGACCAUGAAUUUAAAAUACAAA